UCUGGGCGGAGCGACGCGGUGCAGGAAGUCCUCUGCAGCCAGCUGUGCUCUCUCCGCCCGGUAAACGCCAUCCUGCCGCUGCCAGCAGCGCAGCGUGGGCCAGCCCUACUUAAGGCGGACCGGGACCGGAACACAGCCCGCUUUUUACGCUGACUGAGCGAUGGCCCUGCUGGUGGAUCUGACCCGCUGCUGCAGCAGCACCGCUGCCUGUCUGCAGCAGGAAGCGGACUCCCACGUCUUUCUGCUGUACGGGAGGACUCAGCGGCGUGGAAACGGUCUCCCGGAGCCGUUCCCGCGCGCCCACGGGAGCGUGCACGUCCUGGACUCUGGCUCCACCGCGGAGUGUCUGUACCGACUCAAGCGGACCGUGGAUGACCUGGACCUGAGCUCCAUCAGGGUCUUGACCACGGCGCGGGGCAGAGAGGUGCUGCUUCGGUACCAGGAGAUGCUCUUUACCGCCGUUUAUACCUUUGAUUACCAAGUGACGCCGGCUGACAGGUUUACCUGCUCGUGCUGCGGAGGCCCCGCCCCCGCGGACUCACCUGAGGUUGAUGUGGGAGGAGACGUGUCGGCCUUUCUGCAGCAGCAGCCCGCUUUGAAGGGCGACAUCAAGGUCCUGAGGUCCACAUUGAUCCCAGACUGCUUCGGUCACGGCUUCAGCACUCGUUCCGGUGGAAUCUCCUACAUCCCGACCCUGUCCUCCCUAAAUCUGUUCAGCAGCAGUAAGAGGAGGGACCCCAGGGCCGUGGUGGAGGAAAACAGGCACCGACUGGCCCUCCGCGCUGGUUUCCAUCCUCUUCCUCUACGUCUGGUUAAGGUGAACCAUGCCAGCGACGUGUGGGUUUUGGGGAAACCAGAGCCGGAAAGCUACGACUCCAUGGUGACAGAUCGGAGGGAGGUGGUCCUGGCAGCUCCAGGUGCCGACUGCAUGCCCAUCCUGUUUGCUGAUCCAGUGAAGAAGGUCAUCGGGGCUGCUCACGCAGGUUGGAAAGGGACCGUGAUGGGCGUGGCACCCGCAACCGUGGAUGCCAUGGUGACAGAUUUUGGUUGUCGGCGUAGUGACAUUGUGGUGGCGGUGGGGCCUUCUGUGGGGGUGUGCUGCUUCACGCUGGACAAAGAGCAGGCGGGAGACUUUACUACCCUCCAUCCUGACUGUGUACCUGAUCCUGAGUCAGCCAAACCACACGUGGACAUCCGCCUCGCCAACAGAGUUCUCCUCCAGCGAUGUGGCAUCCUGCCGGAGCACAUCCAUGACAACACGGUGACGGAGCGGCCCUCUGUGACGCCCUGCACCUCCUGUAAUCCAGAGGACUUCUUCUCCCACGUCAGAGAUGGACUCAACUUUGGCACCCAAGUGGGCUUCCUGUGGAUCCAAGGAUCUUAGGAGACGAAAAACAGGAUGGCUAAGAACUCUGCUGAUUCUAACCUGAUGGGUCAGAUUCCAGCUGCCAGCAAAGCAAAUCUAAAGUGAUCAUUUGGCUAGUGGGAAAUGUGCUUAUGUGAAAUGGGGAUCCCCCAACUGACUUCAUGCUUUGGGCCUCCUGCGGUUCUAAAACCGGAGCGGCUGCAGUACAUUUCAGGGACAACCUCCAGAUGAGCGCCGUCCUCAGAACAGCUGAUAAAAGAACUGAACUCCAAGCAACGGCCAACAUUGGAAGGAGAAUUGCUGAACAACGCAAUACACGAAGAGUAAAAGAAAAGCCAGAAUAAUGAGCGCUUUGAAAACAUUUACUUUAGAUUUCUUGUUGGCAUUUUCCUACUUUAUGUUUUUUUUAGAGUGGGUCAAUUUCAUACCAUUUGAAAACAAACGCCGUAGCUUUGGCUGCAGAGUCUAAAAUCCUUUAAAACUGUUGAAACGAUACAGCAGAGUUAAUGUCAGUCUUUGCAUCCAGCUGGCAGGAAGUUCACUUAUCUGAUUUCACGAGUUAGCUGACAGUGAAUAAGACAAAACACGUUCUGGGGUAGGGAAAGCAUUUAUUCUGAAGGGGGGAAAAAGCCUUGAUUUGUAAUAAAGGCAGCCCUUUUUU